UUGUCAUUUGUCAAAAGGACCUGCAUACCCUUUUCUUUAAAGAUCGCCGCUGAUAGUGUCCCAUUGUUGUUCGAAGCCUAAAACCCUAACAUUCCCUAAAACCUCAAUUCCUAACACAAACCCAGUUGGGAAUCGAUAUCUUCUUCCGUAAUGCCAUCAUUCCAAACUCGUAUUUCUAAACUCAUUUUCAACGGAAUUUCGAACCCGCUUUCGUAUUCUUCUCAAUCCUCCAUUCAUACGACAAUCAAAGCACCGUCGUUCAACUUGUUGAAGGAGCUACGCCGAUUCAGCUCCGCCAAUGAUGGCGAAGGCGGUGAAAUGAAGAACCAGAAUAGCCCACAGCAGCCUUUGGAGCCCGUACCACAUAGACCCUUAAGAGGUGGAAAGCCGUUCGACCAUCACCGUACUCGUACUCCUCAAUUUCCAGAGAAAAAUUCGGCAGCCAGAGAGAAGAUCAGAGACGACCCAUCAGAUGCAAACAGUUUCCUUGAGAAGUUCAAGCUCGGUGCUGAUAAAUUCAGCGACAACAAGAGAGAAAACCCAGAUCAACAAGUCUCCGAGCCACCUCCGCCUCAGCUACAACAGCCUCCAGAGGAUGCGGAUGAGAUAUUCAAGAAGAUGAAGAAGACGGGUUUAAUUCCCAAUGCUGUGGCGAUGCUUGAUGGGCUUUGCAAAGAUGGGCUUGUUCAGGAAGCGAUGAAGCUUUUCGGUUUGAUGCGGGAAAAGGGUACUAUUCCUGAAGUUGUUAUAUAUACUGCUGUUGUGGAAGGGUUUUGCAAAGCCCAGAAGCUUGAUAAUGCCAAAAGGAUUUUCAGGAAGAUGAAGAACAAUGGGAUUAAUCCAAAUGCCUUCAGUUACUCUGUUCUGAUUCAAGGUUUAUAUAGUUGCAAAAACUUAGAGGAUGCUGUGGAAUUUUGUAUGGAAAUGUUGGAAGACGGGCAUUCGCCGAAUGUGUCAACUUUUGUGGGUUUGAUUGAUGGGUUGUGUAGAGAAAAGGGUGUGGAAGAAGCUCAAAAUGUAAUUGGGAAGUUGAUGCAGAAGGGUUUUGUUUUGAAUGAUAAGGCUGUUAAAGAUUUUCUGAACAAGAAAGUCGCUGUUUCGCCGUUGGUUUGGGAAGCUAUCUUUGGGAAGAAAACCUCACAGAAACUGUUUUGAGGUGUCUCCUUCAUGAAAAGUUUGAUAAAUACAAGAGACCCAAGAUGGAAUGGGUUGAGGAUCUAAUUGAUUUUAUAAAGCAGGAAUGGGAAUAAUCGGGUUUUACGAGAAUUAUUUCCCCCAAACAUUGUCAAUACAAUUUUUUAGACUCCGGUUAGUGUAGUUCAGCCAAAGAUCGUUUGGUUUGGCCAUGGAAUCGAGAUGGCAAGUUUACUAUGAGGUCUUGUUAUCACAAGUUAAUGGAGCUCAAGAAUGUUGUGGCUGCUGGAGUUAUAGAUGAUCCAGGUAAGUCUAAAUUGAUUUGGAACACAUUGUGGAGGUUGAAUACUCAUCAGAAAGUUCGCAACUUCAUAUGGAGUGUAGUAAAUGAAGCAUUGCCUGUUAAAUCUAUGCUUAAGGCUAGAAAUAUAACGGUGGAUGAUGCUUGUGUAAAGCUGCUUAGGAAACAGUUUUCCACCUUCUGUGGCAGUGUAGUUGGACUAAAGCUAUUUGGUUUGGGAGUAGUUUGAAUUGGAGUUUUGAUGGUUAUGAUGGUAA